GGUCGGCAGUGCAGAAAAAGGGCCCCGCAGUCCGCAACCACCUGUUAUGCAGGUGUUGUUCUCUGAACUCAACUAGAUUUACUGUACUUAUAAUUUAUGAAACAUGAAUACUUACUUUUACUGUUGAUCGUGAAUCUUUUGAGUCAAAUCGUGUUUUGUUUCUCUUCCGAGAAAGGAGGAAUUUUUAAAAGAGCUGGUGCUGCGCACAAGUGAUUUUUGCCAUACACAGCAAAAUGAACAACGAAUAUUUUCGAAAAAACCAUAGAUUGGAUCCUAAGGAUUUGCAUGCUGAAUUGAGAAAAAAUGGAACAAGUGAUACCUCAGUUUAUAGUACUUGUUCCAAUGGUGGUAGUAAUGAUAGCAACAGCAGCAGCUUGAAUAAAGAUAAUGUGAGAGGAUGUGUGCAAGCUGUUGGUCAAGCCAUGCCAAAUGCUAAAGAUCCAAAUGUUACGUUAAAAGAGUCUUUUUUUGAAAAUGAUACAAGCUAUGCCAUCAGUCCUCUUGAUCAAAACUUGGAUGUACUUUCUGAAAGUGAUAUUUUCAUGGACUGUUUGGAUGAAAACACGUUAAACUCUUGUAAUAUGAAUAACAUUAAUUUGGAUGAAAAAAAUAGCAAAUUUAAUUUACAUGAAGAUCAAAGUACAGAAUAUAUACCGUUUAAACCUACAUUAUUGCAAAAUAUAUCCAAAACAAACGCCAACAGGUACAAAAAUGAUUCUGAUCAACGUGAGUUUAAUGUUGGUUUAGCUAAAAGUAAUAUUUCAUCAAGCAAAUCAUCUAGUAUGGAAAAAAGUGAACUAGAUGGGCUAAGGACUGUCUUGGAUGAAUCUACUGUAAUUCGCGCUGCUACAACUUCAACUUCUCCCAAUAAUAUUUCUAAAACCCUUGAAAAUACUGGGAAGUAUUUAGUAGAUUUAGCAAAUGAAAUUAAUUCUUACCAUCAGAAUUCUACAAAGAUUUUCUCUGCCAAUGAAGCUGAUCUUUCAGAAGAUGCUUCAGACAAAAAGCAAUCAAAAUAUACAAAAAACAAUUCUAGGCUGCAGGAUGGUACAAGUCAGUACAAUAUAUGUAGAAGAACCGAUGAUAACUGCAACCAGAAUACUACAGAGUCUUUCAUUUUUUGGGAAAAACAAUGCGAACUUUACGAAAAUUCAAGUUUAAGGAGCUCUUUGUCAGACUUGAGCACCACCAAUGACUACGACGGUGACAACGAACAUUCAUCAAUUUUCAAAAGUCUGGAUGAUACCUACUUGUCGAAUUAUUCGCGAUACUUAAUGGAUGAAGAGCGUAUUGUAAAAAAACGGUCCAUGUACAGAAGCAAGUCAUGUGAGAGUUUUUUGAGAGAAGCCAAGCAUUUACCUCACGUUUUGUGUGAUAAGUUUCUAAAAUAUUUAGCUACAGAAAUAAAAAACAUGAGAAAACAAAAAGUUUAUUGUACGUGUUCCAAGACCUUUGAAAAGCCCCACAACAAAGAGAACAAUGAAAAAAGUGUCAAAAACUGUGUAAGGAAGACUACUCUCAAACUUAGAAACUGUGGAAAUGCAACAGACAGACAAUUGCUAACUAAGAAAUUGUUGUUGGAUCCAGCCACAAAUGGGGCAACGUUAUUGUCUCUAGGUGCAUUAAAAAAUACCAAUAAUAAUAAUAGUACAAGAUUAUCUCCAGAGAUUGUUAGAAAUUCGUCAUAUAGAAAAGCUACUCUCUCACCAGACUUGUUGAAAGUACCAUCUGAUCUCAAUAAUGUACAAAGAUUAAAUUCAAGAUCUCCCAAUAAAAGUAGUAUAACGCCAACACAUAAGCACAAGCUGGUUUGGCAAAAAGAAAUCGUUUCUCCUGUCGGUGAGUAUAUAAAAGGCAGAAAUCCUUUUAAAAACUCGCCAAACAAAAAACAUCUGUAAUAGUCAUCAAAUGAACUAUUAAAAAGUAUUAACAAGUGAUAAGAGUGCAAGUCACUUUUUGUUUCAUUUUUCGUUUUUAUUAAUAAAUUUUAUAAACAAAAGAUACAUUUAAUUCGAAUGUUUAUCACGCGCCAUGUGCAGGUUGUAUGAUAAUUAAUGUUUUUAUAA